AUGGGCAGCUACAACAACUGUGCAUCUUCGCCAAAGCAUUUCUCAGCGACGGCGUUUCAACAGACAAAAACCAUCAAACCUCAUCGCCUGCCCUCAAAUUUGAUCCCUCCCUACCCAUAUGGGGAGCGCCGUGUGUACAAACAAUCUAACCGCGGUCUUUACGGCAACGCUCGAAUUCGCUUUGGUAACAAUGUUGCAGAAAAGCACAACAACAAGUCGCGCCGAUUUUGGCGACCGAACAUUCACGCCAAGACUUUCUUCUCGCCCUCCUUGGGUGCUCGUGUUAAGACGCGUCUAACACUGCGUGUACUGAAGACUAUUCGCAGGGAAGGGGGCAUCGAGAACUACCUCCUGAAGAGCAAGCCUGCCCGGAUCAAGGAGCUUGGGCCAGGCGGCUGGAAUCUACGCUGGAUUCUCAUGCAGACCCUGGCCGUUCAACAACGCUUAAAUGAGCAGAGAAUUGAACUGGGGCUAGAACCGAGGGAAAUCGAGUCCCGAGACGAUAUAAUUCAUUUUGCUCUGGAUUAUGCCACUCCUGGUCCGCUGAACAUGCGAAGUCGGGCCACUCUGAAGGAGAUGCAAGCUUCCAUAGUAGACACCUUCGUUCUGGGAGAUGACAGCUUGGCUAAUUUUGAAGGUGUGGAGGAGUUGUCUGACGAAGAGGAGCAAAAAUUACUCAGUGGUUCUGAAGAUUUUGAUGGGUCGCCUGCUCCGAGCGGGAGGCAAAUAGUAUGA